AUGAGCCGCCCGUCCUCCACCGGCCCCAGCGCUAGCAAACCCUGCAGCAAGCAGCCGCCACCGCAGCCCCAGCACGCCCCGUCCCCGGCUGCGCCCUCGGUCGCCGCCACCAUCUCGGCUGCGGGCCCCGGCUCGUCCGCGGUGCCCGCCGCGGCAGCGGUGAUCUCGGGCCCCGGCGGCGGCGGCGGGGCUGGCCCGGUGUCCCCGCAGCACCACGAGCUGACUUCGCUCUUCGAGUGCCCGGUCUGUUUUGACUAUGUCCUGCCCCCCAUCCUGCAGUGCCAGGCCGGGCACCUGGUGUGUAACCAAUGCCGCCAGAAGUUGAGCUGCUGCCCGACGUGCAGGGGAGCCCUGACGCCCAGUAUCAGGAACCUUGCUAUGGAGAAGGUGGCCUCGGCGGUCCUGUUUCCCUGCAAGUAUGCCACCACGGGCUGCUCCCUGACCCUGCACCAUACGGAGAAGCCAGAACACGAAGACAUCUGUGAAUACCGCCCCUACUCCUGCCCCUGUCCUGGCGCUUCCUGCAAGUGGCAGGGGUCCCUGGAAGCCGUGAUGUCCCAUCUCAUGCACGCCCACAAGAGCAUUACCACCCUUCAGGGAGAAGACAUCGUCUUUCUAGCUACAGACAUAAACCUGCCGGGGGCUGUCGACUGGGUGAUGAUGCAGUCCUGUUUUGGCCAUCACUUCAUGCUGGUGCUGGAGAAACAAGAGAAGUACGAGGGCCACCAGCAGUUCUUUGCCAUCGUCCUGCUCAUCGGCACCCGCAAGCAGGCUGAGAACUUUGCCUACAGACUGGAGUUGAACGGAAACCGGCGGAGACUGACCUGGGAGGCCACACCCCGGUCCAUCCACGACGGUGUGGCCGCGGCCAUCAUGAACAGCGACUGCCUGGUUUUUGACACAGCCAUAGCACAUCUUUUUGCGGAUAAUGGGAACCUUGGAAUCAAUGUGACUAUUUCGACAUGUUGUCCAUGAUGCACCAACAUUAUCUGGGUGUAGAGCUGUAUGGUUAAUAAAGGUUUUUACAGAUGUUUUAUUCACUAUGACUUCACAGGUCAGAGUCCCCACUUACCUCGUGUUCUGUUUGAACAGCAGCUUCCCGUCUGGCAUCUGCCCCAACAGAGUUCAUUGACAUGGGAUGAAUGCUGUUGGCCUGUUGGUCAUUUGGAGGCUGUUCUGUAACUUGAUUAUUAAAUUUUAUUUCCUGAACAACCCUUGACAGGUUGCUUGGGGCUUCUGUAGACUGGUAUGUUAGGAAUCGGAACUUCUUCCUGCCCCAUAUUCAUCCCUCCAAAUUGACAAAAAGCACAGCGACUGUCAGAAGAUUGCUUUCAUCUUAUGUUUGGGGAUAUGAAUUGUUUUAAUGCAUUGUAAAGUGUUUCUCAAACUGGAAAGCUAACCAAUGUGCAUAGAGUCACCUGAAGUAACUCAUUUUAGACAUGCAGAUUUGGAAGCCUGUGAAUUUAACAAUCUCAUCAGGUGAUUCUUUUCAACAGUCAGGUUUGAGAAUUACUCAGUUAAAUUGUGAAGAAGGGUCCAGAUUUUAAAGGUGCUUUAAGAUUGCCCUCUACUGACACUGUCUUUCCACAGUUUCAUCCCCCAACAGCCCGUACCCCUAAAUUAAAACUAGAACCACAGAUCCCCAGAGCUACAGUACUCCUAAGAUUUGGUCCCUUAUGUUUGGGGUGGAUUGCCUAGGAAAGCAAGUCAUAUUGCCAUUGACUGUUCUCAUGUAAUUAGUUUUUGCUCACUAGUGUAGAUGACCUGUUUACAUGAGGCUUCCCUCGGAGGCCCUCCUCAACUGUAGACGGUGGGAAAGACUAGGUCGGUGGAGUUCGGAAAGCUUUAUAACCAGUGUCAUAUGCUUGCUAUUUAAAGUUAUGUCUUGAUUUUGUUUUUGUUUCUGUUUUUUUGCCACAUUCACUUUAGUUUUUUAAUAAAUAUUUUCCAAAAAUGAA